AUGAUCCGUCGACUUCCGGUGGAGAUGACAGAGGAUCAACUCAUCUCCAUGCUCAACAGUCUCGUUCCAGGCAAGUUUGACUUCGUGUACAUGCCUCACGACCGUCGCAAGAAGUUGAACAUAUCGCUGGCCUUCAUCAACUUUGUGGACACUGGGAGUGCCCAGGAGGUUGCAGACUACGUCAAUCGUUUGAACAAGCGCAGACAGUGGACUAUGGUCGCCUGCGCCAGUAACGUUCAGAGUCUGCACCACAACAUGGCCUACUACCUCGCUCGCUUCGGUGUCCACACCAUCCACGAUGCCUACUCCCCAAAGCUCUUUCAGGACGGUAGGCUCGUAGAGAACGCCGGCGAGCUUGUUGAUAUCUACAAAGCAUUGCCCGGGAACUUGUUCCAGGAGGUGAGAGGUGUUCGUGGCAUCAACGUGUUGGUUGUCACCACUCUGAGUAGUGAUGUCUUCUCCCGGAUUUCCAUCAGCUGUCGCGGGCUUUCCCACAUCCUGAGGUCUGGAGGUGCCAAGAAGUCCGUGAGCCACGUCGACUCGGCCCAGAAGAUGCGGCCAGAGCUAGCGCGUGUGCACUUGGCAACCACAGAGGUGGUCAGCAACGUCACGGAGGUGCCCGAGGCUCACAAGAAGCACAUGGCUGACAGUGAGAAGGAGAAGGGCAAUGAGGCCUUUUACUCGAAAGACUUCUCUGAAGCCGAGGCUUACUACAGCAGGAGCUUACAGUACCAAGCAGACGAUGCCUCUGCCUGGGCGAACAGGGCACUGGUGAGACUAAAGCUGAGCAAUUUCCAGGGUGCGCUGGAGGACUGUGAGCAUGCCCUGGCGCUGAAUGGCAGCCACGUGAAGGCACUUCAUCGGAAGGGAAAGGCACUUUACGAGCUGCAGCGCUUUGCUGAUGCUGUCAAGAUAUUCCAGCAAGCCCUGUCCCUGUCGCCCGGCAACUCUCAGAUCAACGGCGACCUCAUGGUUCAAGCCUUGGUGGAAAGAUGGGAUGCCUGUCGAUGUCCUGUUUGUGACCCCGCACUCGUUGCCUUGUUGUGGCAUUGCAGCCACUGUGCGCUCAGUGCUGAUGUAGUUGUCGUCAUGGACAUUAUCGUUGCCUUAGCAGUGGUUGUAGCAAGCAAAAGCUGCCCGAGACGGCAAGUGAAUGCCGGCCCCUCUCCUUGGAGGACUGCUGCCGAACCAAUUCAAAACCGACUGGUUAUUUUCAACAAUUCCACAAUCUUGCAGACCCAAGCCUGGUCCCGAAUCUGGGAGCGUGAAGAUGCUUCUGACUCAGACGCCCCCCCUCUCGCCCCCUUGCGGUAUUUGCUCCAGCCCAAGCGUUCGGAGGUUGCGCGACGCAGGCUUCGCGACGAUACGCCGCUGCCAAAGAUCGAAUCCGUCUAG